UGUCUCUCUUAGGGCUCUACACCUUAGGAUACACGAUGGCUCCUUUCUCAGCGUCGACAAGCAGAUGGGGGUCAGAGCCAGAGCCAGAGCCAGAGACGCCUGUGGUAUCGAAAUGGCAAGCAAGGGCAGACAUGGUGAAGGCAGCUUUCCUGCACGCGUACCACGGGUACGAGAAGUAUGCUGCUCCGAGCGACGAGCUGAGGCCUGUCACGAAUGGGAGCAUAAAUAAGUUUAAUGGGUGGGGUGUAACAGUGUUCGACUCGCUAGACACAAUGCUCCUAAUGGGCCUAAAAGACGAGUACGAGCGGGGGUUAGUGAUCGUGCAGAACGCGGAUUUCUCGAAGUCUGCAGAUCACAAACGCGUUCCAUACUUCGAGACCGUAAUUCGGUACCUAGGCGGUCUCCUCUCAGCCUACGCCCUAUCCAACGAUACCCUCCUAAUCCAGCGAGCAGAGGACCUCGUCGCGCAGCUCGACCCCGUAUUCGUCACCCUAAGUGGAUUGCCGAUGUAUUCUGUAAGCAGCCAAACGGCAAAUGGUCCUGACAUCGGUAUACUGGCCGAAUUGGGGACUUUGCAGCUUGAAUACACGUAUCUGGCGAAGGUGACGGGAAAGGCGGAAUACUAUAACCGUGCCGCGAAGAUUAACAAUAACUUUGCUAAAGCAGAUCUACGCCAAACGGGAGGGAUGCUGCCUGUUUCGUGGAAUUUGAGAACGGGAAUGCCAGGCGACAGACAUCUAUCUGUCGGAGCACGAGCGGACAGUGGUCACGAGUACUUGUUGAAGCUCUAUCUGCUUACAGGAACGCCAUCGCCCACGCUAAUAUUCGAGCAUUUGUCGUGCUUCCUACCGGGCUUGCUUGCACUCGGAGCACAUACGCUACCUCUAGACAACCUGAAAUCGCUCGGAAUAGACCUCGAAGAAUUGGGAAACGAGCAACUAUACGGACACGCAGGAAAAGGCUAUAAAACGCUCAGCGGAUACAACUUGAAGGAACUGCACAUGUGGGCCGCGGAGGGACUAGCUCAAACAUGCUGGGUAACGUAUGCUGAUCAACCGACUGGACUGGGGCCCGAUGAAAUAUUUAUCAAGUUUGCAUACCCUGAAGGCGGAUGGAUGAAUAAAGGGAGCACGUACUCGUGGAUUGAUGCCCUGGAGAGGUGGAAGGAAAGCGGCAGCCGCGGAAUCGCUCCUGGUCUAGCGGAGAAGACACCGGUGGUGUACACGGAAGAAGAGAGGCUGAACGGCACGAGAACCGGGCACGAUUAUUCACUGCGCAGGCCUGGAUAUCUCCUGCGUCCUGAGGCUGUAGAAUCACUUUACCUUCUGUGGCGCAUUACCGGCGAUGCCAAAUGGAGAGAUCGAGGUUGGGCGAUUUUCGAAGCGAUCGAAAAGGUAACGAAGACUUCUAGCGGAUAUGCGAGUCUAUAUUCGGUCGAAACAGGGGAUAAAGAAGACAGCAUGCCAAGGGCGUUUGCUAUGGCCUCCCUCAAUCAAGGCGAAUUCAUAGGUUCUCUUGACUGUGGAACUACGUCAGUCAGGUUCAUCGUCUUCGAUAAGCACGCGGAUAUCGUCGCGCAACACCAGCUCGAGUUUCCGCAAUACUACCCAAACCCAGGGUGGCACGAACACGACGCGGACGAGAUUCAACAGCACGCUGAUAAGUGCAUCGAAGAAGCCGUCAAGGCCCUGGAAGAGUCAGGUUGGGCGAAGGAGAGUGUCAAAGUCAUCGGCAUCACGAAUCAGCGGGAGACUACGGUCGCAUGGAGUCGCAAGACGGGGGAGCCGCUCUGCAAAGCUAUCGUCUGGGCAGAUUCACGCACGAAGAAUAUGGUCGCUCACUAUGAGCACAAGCUUCAAGUUACGGGGAUCGAAGUGUCACCUGGGGUAUGGAAAAAGGGACAAGAUGGCAUUGACUCCCUGCGCGAUCUGACUGGACUUCCUCUGUCCACCUACUUUUCCGCGAUUAAACUGCGCUGGAUGAUCGAUCAUCAUCCGGAGGUGCGGACGGCGCACGAAGCAGAUGACCUGCUUUUCGGGACGGUCGAAUCUUGGGUCGCAUACGACCUGCUUGGAGGUGUAGAGACCGGUGUCCAUAUCGGCGAGGUCACGAAUGCAUCGCGCACCCUGCUUCUCAAUAUGACUACCCUCAAAUGGGACCCGAGGCUCUUGGAAUUCUUUGGCCUGCGCGAGUCCAUCCUCCCUAAAUUGGUGUCUACGUCCGAGGUGUACGGUAAAGUCGCGUAUGGCGCGUUGAAAGGUGUUCCGAUAGGUGGUCUCGUGGGUGACCAGCAGGCUGCGCUUAUUGGGAACAAGUGCUUAAAGCAGGGUGAAGCCAAGUGCACAUACGGAACAGGGGCUUUCCUCCUUUUCUGCACGGGUGAUGAGAUCGUGAAAAGUAGUCAUGGGUUGCUCAGCACAGUUGCAUAUCAGGCCGGACCUGGGGCAAAGCCAGUGUAUGCGCUCGAAGGCAGUAGUGCUGUUGCCGGAAGCGCCAUCAAAUGGCUGCGCGACUCAAUGAACCUCAUCGAAUCUGCCGCCGACGUCAACACGCUCGCCGCAAAGGAGAACGAUACGGGCGGGGUCUACUUCGUGACCGCCUUCUCUGGGCUGCUCGCGCCGUACUGGGACCCUGGCGCUGCCGGGCUCCUCAUUGGCAUCUCGCAGUACACCAAUCCGUCGCAUAUCGCUCGUGCGACACUCGAGGCGAACGCUUUCCAGACACACGCAAUCAUUGAGAGCAUGAAGCUCGACUCUGGGACGGAGCUGAAGCACCUCAAGGUCGACGGUGGAAUGACGAAUGGGGACCUUGCAAUGAGUAUCCUUGCGGAUAUCGGAGGGUUUAGUGUUGUGCGGCCCGAGAUGAGAGAGUCGACAGCUCUGGGCUCUGCCAUUUGCGCUGGUGCAGCUGUUAAUCUAUUUGGAUGGGACCUAAACAAGCCGGAAUCCUUCAGUGAGGUGAACACCAAGGGUAACCGAAUCUUCGAACCGAACCUCUCCGGUGCUGAGAGGAAGAAAAGGCAAGACGGCUGGAAAGAUGCUGUAGAGCGGUCUAAGGGAUGGGACGAAGGCGUUGACCGUGAAGACUGAG